ACAAUUUUUAAAAACAUAAAAAAAAUUAAAAAGUUGUAUUUGAACAUUUUACGCUAUGCACCACCAAGAGUAGAGAUCGGCGCGAUGCUGCCGAUCCGGUUGCGUCGCGUGAACGGCCAUGAGGGGCGCGAGAACGACGUGCUGUUCCACCCGGCGAGGCAGAAGACCAACUCGCCAGACACGCUUGUGUUCUUUGGUGGUGAUGUGCAGGAUUACGAGGAAGUGAUGCAGACGCACCGCGACAACAGGAAUUACGUCAGGUGGUCGCUCGAGAACACGGCUCGGAUGCUCAGCGAGAACUUCCCAACCAAACACAUUGUUGUCGUGAGACCGGCACGGAUAGAGUACAAGAGCUUCAGCUGCUACGACAACUUCGUGCCGAGCAACAACGCGGGCGUGCCCGACCACACGCCCACGCACAACGCGCUGCACCAUUUGGAGAAGUUACUCCAAGAAUUAAGUAUACGAGUGAAAGAGCUGCCAACUCGCCAACUGACGGACGCAGUCAUGUAUGGCAUGUAUCCUGAUGAUGAUGUGGAUAUAGAGGAACAGGGCGCAAGUAACAGUGAAAACAAGAGCAAAUCAAACGGGGCCGCAAAGAGCGAAGCGGCACAAAGCACGAGCCUUGAACACAAGCAGUGCCCACUCUGGUGGCGGGAUACCCUAUCCCUGGACAAGAGCAAGCUCAGCCUGGUGGGCUUCAGCAAGGGCUGUGUGGUGCUCAACCAGCUGAUAUAUGAGUUCCACUACACCAAGACACUUACUCCGUGGGACAGGCAUAUGUGCAGGUUCAUAGAGCUAAUAGAGGAGAUGUGGUGGGUGGACGGCGGGCACGCGGGCGGCAAGAACACCUGGCUCUCCGCGCGCAGCCUGCUCGAGACGCUCACACGCCUCAACGUGCGCGUGUACGUGCACGUGAGCGGGUACCAGGUGUGCGACGCGGCGCGGCCCUGGGUCGGCCGCGAGGAGCGCGCCUUCACCGCGCUGCUGCACAGGCUCGGCGCUAAGAUUGAUCGAUACCUACACGACGACGCCAGUUCCCCGCACUCGCUCAACACUCACUUCGAAGUGCUCAGCAAUUUCAAAGCGGUACAAGAUUCGAGGCCCAGCGACAUGCAUGAUGCUUCAGACGAUGAUACUUAAAUGUACCAAAUAGACCAAUAAAAGAUCUUAAGGCUGGUUGCAGAGCUUGACCGACCGUCAGUGCGUACCGUCGGUCCUGACGAUACGCAUCAACAAUGUGUAUGACUAUGACACUAAUGCGCAUGACAAUACG